GAUGCUUGACACAGUUCUACAUUCGCACGACUGUGGUACCAUCCCAAAUCCUUAAGAAAGAGAGAGUGUCUCAGUCCACGUAACGUUCCGAUCAAAACCCUACCUUCUGUGCGAUAUAAAAAAACCCUCAAAUUAAUAAGUCGGACGGAACAAAGAGAAGAAGAAAUCAGAGAGAUCAAUGGCUGAGAUUCCUUCCACUAAGAGAUGGCUUCCUCUAGAAGCUAACCCUGACGUCAUGAAUCAGUUCUUUUGGGGCCUCGGUGUUCCACCAGAUGAGGCAGAGUGCUAUGAUGUGUAUGGCUUGGAUGAUGAACUGUUGGAAAUGGUCCCGAAGCCAGUACUAGCUGUGCUGUUUCUUUAUCCAAUCACAUUACAGAGUGAAGAAGAAAGAAUACUGCAAGACAGUGCAAAGACGGAGCCUAGCAGUGGAGUUUACUUCAUGAAACAAACCGUGGGAAAUGCCUGUGGAACCAUUGGACUUCUUCAUGCCGUUGGGAAUAUCACUUCAGAGAUAAAACUAGUUGAGGCCUCAUACUUGGACAGGUUCUUCAAAUCUACUGCAAACAUGGAUCCAUCGGAGCGCGCUGCAUUCCUUGAAAAUGAUAGAGAAAUGGAAGUUGCUCAUUCAGUGGCAGCUACAGCUGGUGAGACUGAGGCUUCAGAGAAUGUGGACGCUCAUUUUGUCAGCUUCACGUGUGUGGAUGGACAACUUUAUGAACUCGAUGGAAGGAGGUCUGGACCAAUUUCACAUGGCGCAUCCUCUUCAAGCAGCUUAUUACGGGAUGCAGCAAAAGUUAUUCAAGGGAUGAUCCAGAAAAACCCUGACUCAAUGAACUUCAAUGUCAUUGCUAUUUCAAAGAAAGUUGCAGAAGGGUAGUAGUUUUGUAGUUCAAUUUCAACAAUGGAGAUCAGGUAUUUUAACCUACCAAUACUGGAAUGUAGAGCUUGCUAUUUGUGUAGGUUAGAACCCCCUUCCUGGUUGUGAUUUAGGUUCCAGACAAUCUUCACUAAAACUCCUUUUUCCAGUUUCGGGAGAUCUUGUGCCUUGGUGAAAAUAAUUUGUUUUUUUCUUUUCGGCUUAUACAUGGUAUCCUCCCCUCUAUCUGAUCGUGUACUGGGCUGAAGUUAAUUCAAUCAAUGCCAAGGCCCUCCCUUUUAUUCGUAAUUGUUAGG